CCACAAACAUGGUUCACAAUUCGAGUCAGAUUUUGCUGCUGGCAGUAGCCGUCGCUGCUUUCAUGGGUGGCUCCCAAGGAGCCAAUAUUCUGGGUCUCUUCCCGAGCCUAAGUCCUUCGCACUUGAUCCUCCAAAUGUCCGCAGCUAAGGUUCUGGCGGAGAGUGGACACAAUGUGACUGUGGUCACGGUACUAAAGCCAGUGGUUAACCACAAGAACAUAAAAGUGAUCCAGGUGCCUCUUACCAAGGAGGAGUCCCAGCAAAUGAGCGACACCAUUGGGGCGAUGACCAAGAACGACAACAGCAACAUGGCUGUAUCCCUGAUCCGAAUGAUGGGACAGAUGGACUUCAUGUUCCAGAAGAAUGCGGAGACCCUGAUGGACGAACGAGUGAAGGAUCUGUACUUGAAUAAAGACAACAGAUUCGACCUGGUUCUCUCUGGAUUCUUCAUGAACGAUUUCCAACUUGGGUUCGCAAAGAAAGUGAACGCUCCUGUCAUCGUCUUGGCUACAAUGCCGCCGAAUCAAAUGGUGAACCCACUGAUUGGUAAUCCACUGGAGAUCGCCUAUGCGGGAAGCAACGACGUGGAGCAGGGAAAAGGUGCCACCUUCACCCAGCGAUUGGGCAGCUACAUUACAAGCUCCGCCUUUGGUAUUUUUACAUAUCUCUCCGAAAGACGUAACAGGAAUUUAUACAAGGAGGUUUUCGGUAACGACCCCACAAUGCCGGAGUACUCAGAAAUGCUUAAAAACACUUCGUUGGUAUUCUUUGCAUCCCACGCGGCCAGCGAAGGACCCAUUAGACCCAAUGUUCCUGCUGCCAUAGAAAUCGGCGGAAUUCAAAUUAAAGACCAGCCGGAUCCCUUGCCCCAAAAUAUUGCGGACUUCCUGGGCAACGGCACUGAUGGAGCCAUUCUCCUGACUCUGGGCUCAAAUGUUCAGGGGAGCCACAUUAAACCAGACACGGUUGUCAAGAUGUUCAACGUCCUUUCGAAACUGAAACAAAGGGUCAUCUGGAAGUGGGAGGAUCUGGAGAAGACCCCCGGCAAGUCGGACAACAUUCUCUUCUCCAAGUGGCUGCCUCAGGACGACAUCCUGGCCCACAAAAAUAUUAAAAUGUUUAUCAAUCACGCGGGCAAAGGUGGAAUAACUGAGGCCCAGUAUCACGGAAAGCCCAUGCUUUCGUUGCCCGUGUUUGGAGAUCAGCCCGGCAAUGCGGAGGACAUGGUCAGAAAUGGUUUUGGCCUGACUCUGAGUCUUCUCACUCUGGAGGAGCAGCCUUUCCAAGAAGCCAUCCAAGAAAUAUUGUCGAAUCCACAGUAUGCCCAGAAGGUGGCCUCGUUCUCCUCCCUCUACCGCGAUCGCCCAAUGACCGCUAGGGAGUCGCUGAUCUACUGGACGGAGUACGUCAUCCGGCAUCAUGGAGCUGCCCAUCUUCAGAGUCCUUUGGUCCACAUGAACUUCAUAGCAGCCAAUAACAUCGACAUUUACGCGUUGUUUGCUGUGGUACUAGUUACGAUAAUACUGAUUUUUAGGGCACUAGGUAAAGUUAUUUACCGAAAAAUCACAUCAAAGUCAAAGAAGGAAAAAUUGCACUAAAAUGUUUUA